GGAGGUGGUUCGGUAGUGGGCCCCGCGGGUGGCCCGGGUCAUCGCCCGCGCCUCGGCCGCCAUCUUGCCCGCACCCGGGCUCCCGCGGCGGGAGGGGCGGCUUCCAGGCCGGAAACGGCUGUGUGGCGGGCAGCAAGCCACCGCCUCAGUGAAUGGACCUGACUGGACUUUUUGAGCCCAUCAAUAAACAUGAGUGGUACCAAGCCUGAUAUUUUGUGGGCACCACACCAGGUUGAUAGAUUUGUUGUAUGUGACUCGGAACUGAGCCUUUAUCAUGUGGAAUCGGCUGUGAAUUCAGAACUCAAAGCUGGAUCAUUACGUUUAUCUGAAGACUCUGCAGCAACAUUACUAUCAAUAAAUUCAGAUACACCCUAUAUGAAAUGUGUUGCAUGGUAUCUCAAUUAUGAUCCUGAGUGUCUCCUAGCAGUUGGACAAGCAAAUGGCCGAGUUGUACUUACAAGUCUUGGUCAAGAUCAUAACUCUAAGUUUAAAGAUUUGAUAGGAAAAGAAUUUGUCCCAAAACAUGCUCGACAAUGCAAUACCCUUGCAUGGAAUCCACUGGAUAGUAACUGGCUUGCCGCCGGUCUAGACAAACACAGAGCGGACUUUUCAGUUCUAAUAUGGGAUAUCUGCAGCAAGUAUACUCCUGAUAUCGUACCCAUGGAAAAAAUGAGGCUGUCAGCAGGUGAAGCUGAGACGUUAUUAGUAACAAAACCACUGUAUGAGUUAGGGCAAAAUGAUGCUUGUCUGUCUCUUUGUUGGCUUCCACGAGACCAGAAACUUCUUCUGGCUGGCAUGCAUCGUAACCUAGCCAUAUUUGAUCUUCGGAACACAAGCCAGAAGAUGUUUGUAAAUACAAAAGCUGUUCAAGGAGUGACAGUAGACCCAUACUUCCAUGACCGUGUUGCUUCCUUCUAUGAAGGCCAGGUUGCAAUAUGGGAUCUUAGAAAAUUUGAGAAGCCGGUUUUGACUUUGACUGAACAACCAAAGCCCUUGACAAAAGUAGCAUGGUGUCCAACUAGGACAGGUCUGCUUGCCACUUUAACAAGGGAUAGUAAUAUUAUUAGACUGUAUGAUAUGCAGCAUACACCCACACCCAUUGGGGAUGAAACUGAACCCACAAUAAUUGAAAGAAGUGUGCAGCCUUGUGAUAAUUACAUUGCUUCCUUUGCAUGGCAUCCAACGAGUCAAAACCGAAUGAUAGUUGUGACUCCCAACCGCACAAUGUCUGACUUUACUGUAUUUGAAAGGAUAUCUCUUGCCUGGAGCCCGAUUACAUCUCUAAUGUGGGCUUGUGGUCGUCAUUUAUAUGAAUGCGCAGAAGAAGAAAGUGAUAAUUCCUUAGAAAAAGAUAUAGCAACAAAAAUGCGUCUUCGAGCCCUAUCAAGGUAUGGACUUGAUACAGAACAGGUAUGGAGAAACCACAUAUUAGCUGGAAAUGAAGACCCACAGCUCAAGUCACUCUGGUAUACUCUGCACUUUAUGAAGCAGUAUACAGAAGAUAUGGAUCAAAAAUCUCCAGGCAACAAAGGAUCACUGGUUUAUGCAGGAAUUAAAUCAAUAGUAAAAUCAUCUUUGGGAAUGGUGGAAAGCAGCAGACAUAAUUGGAGUGGCUUGGAUAAACAAACUGAUAUUCAAAACUUAAAUGAAGAAAGGAUUUUAGCAUUACAGCUUUGUGGGUGGAUUAAAAAAGGAACCGAUGUAGAUGUGGGGCCAUUUUUGAACUCUCUGGUGCAAGAAGGAGAGUGGGAAAGAGCUGCUGCUGUGGCGUUGUUCAACUUGGAUAUUCGACGAGCAAUCCAAAUCCUGAAUGAAGGGGCAUCUUCAGAGAAAGGAGAUCUGAAUCUCAAUGUGGUAGCCAUGGCUCUGUCAGGCCACACGGAUGAGAAGAACUCCCUUUGGAGAGAGAUGUGUAGCACGCUACGCCUGCAGCUCAACAACCCCUAUCUGUGCGUCAUGUUUGCGUUUCUGACGAGUGAAGCAGGGGCUUAUGAUGGGGUCCUGUAUGAAAACAAAGUUGCAGUACGUGACAGAGUGGCAUUUGCAUGUAAAUUCCUUGGUGAUGCUCAGUUAAAUAAAUACAUCGAAAAGCUGACCAAUGAAAUGAAAGAGGCUGGAAAUUUGGAAGGAAUCUUGCUUACAGGCCUCACUAAAGAUGGAGUGGACUUGAUGGAGAGCUAUGUGGAUAGAACUGGAGACGUCCAGACGGCAAGCUACUGCAUGUUACAGGGUUCACCUUUAGAUGUUCUUAAAGAUGAAAGGGUUCAAUAUUGGAUUGAGAAUUACAGAAAUUUAUUAGAUGCUUGGAGGUUUUGGCACAAACGGGCUGAAUUUGAUAUUCAUAGGAGCAAGUUGGAUCCCAGUUCCAAGCCUUUAGCACAGGUGUUUGUGAGUUGUAAUUUUUGUGGUAAAUCAAUCUCCUACAGCUGUUCUUCUGUGCCUCAUCAGGGCAGAGGGUUUAGUCAGUAUGGUGUGAGUGGCUCGCCAACAAAAUCGAAAGUGACAAGCUGCCCUGGCUGUCGAAAACCCCUUCCUCGAUGUGCGCUUUGCCUCAUUAAUAUGGGAACACCUGUUUCUAGCUGUCCUGGUGGAUCCAAAUCAGAUGAAAAAGUGGACUUGAGCAAGGACAAAAAGUUAGCUCAGUUUAACAACUGGUUUACUUGGUGUCACAAUUGUCGGCAUGGUGGGCAUGCCGGACAUAUGCUUAGUUGGUUCAGGGACCAUGCAGAGUGUCCGGUGUCUGCAUGCACAUGUAAAUGUAUGCAGUUGGAUACAACAGGAAAUCUGGUACCAGCAGAGACUGUCCAGCCAUGACAUGUUAC